AUGUCAUUUAAAAUAUUACAUCGGCCACAGCCAUUUUCAGACGAUUUAGAUCAAGAUGUAGAAUCAUUUUUUGAUAAUUAUGAAUUGGCUGCUAUUAUAAAUGAGUGGGGCGACCACAACUCAACCAUAGAUAAUAUAGAAAAUAACCUGAGAAAGUACGAGUUAUCAAUAUUAAUCAGAUCAAAAGAUGAUAAAGGCAAUAAAGACACUGAAAGGUUAGAAAAGGAAAGAGAUGUACUAAAAAAUCACUUACAAAAAUUAAGUAUGGGACAAUUGGAUAUAAAUAAUAGGAGAAAUGAUGCUGGUAAAAAAUUGAGAAAGGAAUCUUUAACGUCAUCAAAUAUAAAUAAACUGAAUAUACAUGAAAAUAAAACUUGCGAAACAAGAAGUAUAAAUAGAUUAUUGAGGCAAUGUGAAAAAGGACCACAAGUACCAGGCGAUGGUGAUUUUGGAGCACACGCUCUGGCACCUACCGCCUUAAGAUUAUCACUUAUUGAACAAACUGAACUUCAAAGACAGGUUGAUGAAUUAUUACAGGCAGGAUUAAUUGUUCCAUCUAAUUCUUUUUACGCCAGCCCAGCAUUUUUAGUAAAAAAAACAGACGGAACAAAAAGGUUAAUAAUAGAUUAUAGACAAUUAAAUAAACAGGUACCACACUAA